UGGCCGUGCUUGUACGUGUGUUCAAGUUUGCAGGCCUUCAAGAGGAAUGAACACUAGUUGUAUUGAGGACAGAAUCGCGAUAAAGAUCCUAAUAACAUCGCUUGAUGAAUCAUGAGAGUUGCAAACUUAUUGCAACAGCUGCCAGUUUGGCUAAUAACACACAUGAUAAUUUUCUUCCGCAAUCUCUAGUCAAUGUUAUUGUUUUUACUACAUCCUACACUGUCAUUGCCGUAUGGUUGCGCAAGACAGAGUUAACCCUGUUUGGGUGUAGCUAUAAACGUGGUGUACCCGGGAGAGGAACCUCACAUAGCAACAGGAUGUAGAAGAACCUCUUAAUCUUCCUUCUUCACCAUUUUGAUACCUCGACCAUUACUCGUUGAUCUUGUAUUUUGGGCAAGUUACAAUGAGAGGACGAGGCCGCGGCAGAGGAAGAAGAGGUGGAAGAGGGCGAUCGGCAGGGAGGAGACAGCCGACCGCAGAAAGCAAGGAGGAAACUCGACAAGAAGAUGUGGAUAUCGACACACAUCCCAGAGAAUUUUUUGUUGGUGUUGUAUCCACAGAGGACCAUCUGAAGGCACAAGAGAAGAACAGGCCACGAUACGCAGCAGCACUAGCUGUCCUUCAAAAAAACAAAGUGGCCAUUGCUCAAAAUUCAAGAGUGAGAGCAUUGGCCGUUGCAUGGGCUAGGAAUGACUAUGAGCUGGCAGAUGCCCUUUUGCAAAACCGUGAUCAGUUUGGUCUGGUGGAGGUGCUGAAGGCAAUAUCUUUGCUGGACUCUGGUCGUCAAAUUAGGGUCCUUGAAAAGAAGCUAAAGCAGCUUCAGCUGUCUGCGACAAAAGUUAGGCCUCGGAAAAUUGGCAAACUCAAGUCAGACAUUGAUAAUUUGACAGCUCUGAAACCAUCGGUGGGGUCUGCAAGUGGUGCAGUGUGUAAGCAUGUUGCACGUUGGGUACGGGGCUUCACCAAGGAGGAGCUUGAGUUCUGUGCUCUUCACUUGCAGGAACCUUGGAAGAAACUGGCUGACAUUUGUCACUUUAACCCAGAGAAGGACUUUUUAGUUCUUCCAUGGUUUUUGCCAUUCUGCUUUGGAGCACAAGCACCAGAAGAAAGCAUGGUACAUAGGUGCCAUGAUAUCAACAGAGAGAAUGUCAAUCAGCUGGUUAUGGAAUUUAAGAUUCCUUACAGUCACCUAAAGCAGUUCAAGGACGUGCUGUCCGAGAAAGCGAAAACCCGCAUCUCUGAGAAUGAGGAAAAGCUGGACACGGUACUGUGGUGGUAUGAAGAUCUAAAGUGUGCACCAGUAGAUGAGGUUGUACAACGACGUCUUGAUGGAGGGGAAACGGUAAAUCUACCCAGUGGAAAACUGCUUGAGAGGCUGCUGACAUUUAAAAUGAUGGUGAAUAGUUCCUCUCCCUCCAACAGUAAGGUCAGCUUCCUUCCCUACCUCAUCCAGCUGGCAGAGCCUCGACUGACAUCAAUACAUCUACCUCUCGAAGCUCCAAUUGUGGUCAUUGGUGAUGCAUCUGGGUCAAUGGAAGUUGCCAUCCGCACUAGCACAAUUAUAGCAAGUCUCUUGACUGCUAUUACGUCAGCUCGGCUUGUGUUUUUCAAUACAGAGACCAGGGAUGCUCCCUUCCUUCCAAAAACUAUUGAAGAGGUCUUAAAGUUGGCUAUGACAACACAAGCAGACGGAGGCACUGCCCCUGCUGCCAGCUUGUUGCCAUUUUAUGAGAACAAAGAAGUCAUCAAGACUUUCAUCGUAGUCACCGAUGAAGAAGAGAAUUCAUCAGACAACAAAGGGCAUAGGUUUUCACCGCUGUAUAAGAAAUAUCAUGAUGAAAUCUAUCCAGCUCAACUCGUCUUUGUCUCAUUUCUUCGUCAGCAGCAUGAUGAAGGGCAAAUGGUUAGGGAGCUUAAAAACCUUGGUUUCUCACCACUGCAGUUUAGACUGGAAGGUUCUCGGCCAGACUUGACCAAACUGGACAGCCUUUUUGGCCUGUUGUCAUCGCAUUCAGCCAGUUUUGGAGAAGAACUUUCUUCCACAGAGAAAAGCAUCAAGGAGGAUGGCCUUGCUAGUGUAUUUAGCAGACUGAGAACAGCAUUGACAGAACAGAUAGAAAGUUAAAAGGAAAGCAAAAGCCUUAGGGAAAACAGUCAUCAUGCAUACUUGACUGAUUGAUUAUUAUUGUAUUUAUAAUCUAAUGACCUAAACUCAAAAGGAACAGGUGUGCACACCUAUAUCCAUGUUUUUGUUAAUGAUAUAAAUUUGCUUUUUUUUUUACAUUUAAUUCUUGUUUAUAUGAUACACUUAGACUUUUUUAUUUUUAUGAAGAAUUUUAGUAUCAUCCAGAUGCAUGCUGACUCAUAGCUCUUAGCUAAAUUGAAGAUACCAACAAGUUUCAACAGAAUUAUAAAAUUAAAAGAAUACCUGUAAAUAAUUAAGAAAUAAUUAUAAACAAAUUUUGUAAAUCUAAACACUAGGACCUGUUUUUUGGGUUGUUUUUUUUUUCAAAUCUGACAUGUAAAGGAGCUGAGGUGUGCAUAAAAAUUAUCUUUCAUUGAAAAGCUACUGCGGGCUGUAACUUCUUAUCAAUGUUGUGUGCAUUCUAUUCUAUUACUGUCAACUAUGUUUGUCAUAACUGCUUGACUUUUUGUAAAAUGUUAUUUGUAUUAUAUUGAUUUUAAUCCACUUUUGAGAUCUAUUUUAAGCUUUAUUGAAUUUCAAAAUUUAUAGCUCUUCUGUAUUAUGUAUAAUGGAUGCAAUGCAGUGCUAUCAUGUUUAAAUUAAAUACUUGCAUCCGCACUCAUGUUCUCACAUGUCUUAGCUUAUGACAUUUUUGAACUAUAUGGUUUCACCUCUCAGAGCAGACUGUAAACUGAUAUUUUGCUGAAGAGAGGUACGUGUACAUUGUGCAGCUGAGACAACCCUCUUCUCCGAGAUGCCACCACUCACAGCUUUCAUGCAACUAAUAAAAAAAAAAUGGUCCAUGCUCACAUAAAAAUCACAUGCAGGGCAUCCUUUAAGAAAAAUUCUGUCAAAUUAGCUCUUUAAAACAGUCUAUUUUCAUUAGCCUUUUAUCUGGAGAAGGUGGCAUUGUACCCAGUUCUGCCAUAAUCAGUGACUGUUAGGAGCUACAUGGGUUUUUAAAUUAUUUAAAUUCCUUUAGUUUAUAUGUUAUAAAGAAUUCAUUGUUUCAUGCUUAAACAUUCUUAUGUGUCCUACUUUUCAUCACUGCCCUAAUAAUAAUGUGUAUAGCUACUUUUUUUGUGGACCUAUGCUCCACUGGGGGCAAACCGGACAAAGUUACAUUUUUUCUGUGAUAAAUUAUAAUUUUACCAAUGAUGACAAAAUCAUGUUAUGUUUUUCCUCUGCCUUUGGUAACUGUUUCAAGUUAUUGCUCAUUACUGUGAUUAUUUGUUACUUUUUCUUCUAAUGUGUGAUACUUUUUGGACGUUGGCAAUAACAGCUCAGUGCUAUAAAAUGUUUUAACUCAGAUUUAUUACCAUUCACUCAAUUAUAUUCCUAAUGUAGCUGGUCACUGUUAUAGAAAGAUGAAGACACAUGUGUAAUGUAUAAUAAUUUGUUUCAAUGUGACACUUUACUAAUAUUUGAAUGUCACUAUAUGUAUUUGUUAAGGGUACAAUAAAACAUUUUAUUUUAUCAAA